GUUGUCAAGCGCGCCUGCGAUGCUUGCCAUCGUCGCAAGGUUAGAUGCAACGGCGCCAACCCCUGCCGAAACUGCUCUGGUUCUCAGCUCUUGUGCACCUACAAUGCGAUUCCUCAGAAGAAGGGGCCCAAGGGCUCUCGUGCAAAGGUCAUCAGCGAGCUCAGAGAGACUCAGCGACAAACCAGCUUGGCCGCCAAGGUCCAUCAGAGACUGACUGGCGCGCCUCCCACACCUACAACUUAUGGUCCCGAACCGUCGACUGGCCUACUAUCCAACGAGUUCAUGAAGGACUGCCUCCGAUACUUCUUUGACAACGUUUACGGGCAGAUGCCCAUUCUUGACAGACGCGCGCUCGAGGAGCACAUGACGGUUAUGGAACAGGGCCGUGAUGUGUAUUGCCUGUUGAGCGCUCUCUGCGCGUUUGUCAUGCUCCAGCCUGGAACGGCUCUGCCCGUCAAUGACUCCUUCAACCUCGAGCUGCACCCAGGCGCCAACAUCGCUGCAAGCCAGCUCCUUCUCGAUGAGUGCAUCCGGAUCCGAAAAGCCAGCGACUACCAAGACUCCAUCACCCACUACGUCCUUGUCACCAACUACCUCAUCUUUGCUUGCAACUUUGCCCUGGACAACCACGACAAGGCUUGGUUUUAUCUGCGUGAGACUAGCACCAUGAUGCACAUGGCCGGCAUGCACAAGGAGGACUUCUACUCGUCCCUUGAUCGGGAAGAUGCCAUACGAAGACGCCAUCUUUACUGGCUUGUGCUCAUGACAGAGAGAUCGUACGCUAUCCAGCGUAAUCGACCUCAAACUCUCCAGGCCUCGAUUCGCCUUCCUGGUGUGGGUGACGAGACGGGCAACCCUAGGAUGUUUGAUGUCAACACCUUUGCCAUUCGCGCAAAGCUCUUCCAGCCAUUCGACAAUGCUUGUUUGGGAACUUGGAAGAAGGUACAGAGCCAGUUCUCGGCGGCUCAGAUCACAGGGCUCCAGAAGCAACUUCAAGAAGCGGCCCUCGCGUUCUCCUGUCAGGAUACAAGCCUGGCUGAUAUGGGAACAAAUCAACAGUGGCUCCAAAACCUCAUUUGGCAGCUCACCCCCAACAAUGGGCCCGACGGUAACGAGGAAUACAUGGCCCCCUCUCCCUGGCUAACCAACAAACAGAUUGAGAGUCUUCUCCAAGCAUGCCACCUUCUGAAUGAUGUUCUCUAUCGUCAACCAAACAUUCGCCAUCCUUACACUGUCAGCCCCCAUGAUCAUCUUCAGCAGCUGCUGCAAGUCUUGGGCAUGUUGAGACACAGCCACUGGCACUACCUGCCUCUACUGCUCACCAAGGUGGUUGAGGUUCUCCCCCGUCUCACCAACCCAAUUCUCCCCAACGCACCAGAGAACUGUCAAAUGGCCAACAUUGACAUCUUUGACGGCUUUGGCAAUGCUGGCAUGGCGCAGCCUCAGAUGGCAAUGUACCAGGCAUCGAUGGCCAUCUACCAGAAUCAGAUCACUACACCCGAUUCACUGGCCAACUCGAAUGGUGGCAAUGGAACACCCCCGGGAUCGCAACAGGACAACAAUAUGAGUUCCUCGUUUGUGACACCACCUAGUGUUGUAUCACCUGGGAUGGAAUAUCCCCACAACUUGACCAAUUUCAAUGUCUCUGAUAUGGUCAUGAGCCCAAUGGGCGACGGAACACCUCCCAACUCGAUGAACUAUAUGCCAAACCAGCAACAGCAGAUGUCGAUGCAGGGAGAUGGGAUGUGCCAGCCUCAAAUGGACAACAUGGCGUCACGGAGCAUGCGCAACCAGAGUCUGAAUGCCCAGUCCAUGUACGACCUGCAACAAACACCAGAAACAGCAGGCAGUUACCAGAUGCAGAGCCAGGCGCCCAUGACAGGCCAGAGCCAGGCGUCG